UUAAACUACAUCAACGCGUUGAGUUUCAAAGGAACAUGCAAAGGAUUAUUGCGACCAUAGCCAUUGUGGCUUCUCUCUUGGCCUUUGUGGGCGCCCAGACCUGUCAGGAGUGCCAGACGGACAACGAUGUCUACUGCCUCAACCAGACCUCGUACCAGAAUUGCAUGAAAAAUGCCGCCUUUGGAGCUGUAGAGACCUGUCCCACGGGCACCGUUUGUUCAAAUUCCGCAGACGUUUGUGUGGACAGCUCCCAGGUGGAUGGCACCACUGUCCUGGACGUGUGUGGAACCACGGGUGGUAAUGAUGACUGUCAAGUGUGUGCGACAGGUGACAAGUUCUCCUGUGUCAGCAGCACACAGUUUGCCCGUUGCUCCUCCACCGGAGAGCUCAUCACCUCCACUGUGUACAGCUGCGACGAAGAUGAGGUUUGCAUUAUCGAUUCCUUGAGUCAAUUUGGAACUCUCUGUGUGCCCACUUGUGCUGCCGACUAUGUGGGCAUGGAGGCAACCUGCAGCAACAGUGUCUACCAGCCGAUCACUACUACCGCAGCGCCGGCAACAACGCCCAGUGCCGAUCAGAGGCAACAGGCUUGCAGGGAUGCGGAGCCCAGUUCCAGUCCCAGUUAUUUCUACACGCGAAACUACGAUGACUCCGCGUGCAAUAGUUAUCUGUACUGCCAGAAAUCGGGCACCGACAGCUGGGUGGCCCUCUACAUGACUUGUUCCGCCUCGAGGCCCUUCUUCGAUGUGAGCGUCGGCAACUGUGUUUCGACACGGCCGGCCAGCUGCUCGGAUACCACCACGUCUACCUCUACUGUUGCGCCAAGCUCUACUCCUACUGAUACUCCAACUGAUACUCCAACAGAUACUCCAACUGAUACUCCAACUGAUACUCCAACUGAUACUCCAACUGAUACUCCAACUGAUACUCCAACUGAUACUCCAACUGAUACUCCAACUGAUACUCCAACUGAUACUCCAACUGAUACUCCAACUGAUACUACAACUGAUACUCCAACUGAUACUACAACUGAUACUCCAACUGAUACUCCAACUGAUACUCCAACUGAUACUACAACUGAUACUCCAACUGAUACUCCAACUGAUACUCCAACUGAUACUCCAACUGAUACUCCAACUGAUACUCCAACUGAUACUCCAACUGAUACUCCAACUGAUACUCCAACUGAUACUCCAACUGAUACUCCAACUGAUACUCCAACUGAUACUCCAACUGAUACUCCAACUGAUACUCCAACUGAUACUCCAACUAACUAA